AUGGAACCACCAAAGAAACCGGACACCUUAUUUGAUAUCUUACACCGUACACACACUUUGAGUGCGUACAUAUCAUCGUAUGUUCCUUUCUCGACAAAAAGCAAGCGUUCUCCAGCCAUCACUGAAGCAGAUAUGAUCUCAAACAUCGAACAAAUGAAGAAGAAAAAGACGGUUUCAGACCAAACUAUUCAACGUGCAGGGGUUCUUCUUGCAUCUUUAAACAGAGAGGUCUUUACACUCGAGACUAAAGUGGACCAAAUCAAGUACAUUACAUCGCAUUACAAAUCAAGUUAUAGAGACGUCGGUGUCUUGUUCUGUGUGUGUAACUCUUCGAUUCACACCCACACCAAACAAAAGGAAACACAACCUCCCCACACCUCCAAGUUUUCUCCUGAAAUGGACAACGCCAUUUCCGCGUUAUUUGCCGUCUGUGCCUCACAAAACUUAACUGCCAAUUUCAGGUUUGUAGAGACAAUUUGCAAGCACUUCGACAAGGAGUUUUCUGUCACAAGAAAGGGGUUGGACAACCACAUCGAAAAGUGUCACAACUACAAAUCCGCAUUAGUUACUAAAGAUAAUGUCCAAGUCCUUAUGCCCGACUGGCAGAAGGUCAUUACACAAUUCUCUAACUUCCACGCGCGACACAACGGGAUCUCCGCCGGUCUUCUCUUUUCCAUUUCGUUGGUCCCGUUUUGCGAUUUGGAAGACUCCGAAGUCUCAAUGGCGUUCUUCGCAGAGGGCCAGAAGCCACGAAUCCCCUUUUCGUCGUCUGUCCAGAAGAGUCCCGUCGCGAUAUGCACAGCCGCGGACGGCGCACUGAUUUCGAUAGCUGUCGUAGUCCCGACAAAGAAGUAUGAUGAAGCGAUUGUAUCACUCUAUCCCAAAGUCACGAUAUACAGUGAAGAGUCCGGGUACUUCAAUUCCGUCGUCUUUAAGUCGUGGUUAUAUGAAAGUGUUUUGAAGUCGAUAUUUAUGAAGAGGAAAGAGACCGGCUAUUUGAAAGAUGCUAAAAGUGUUCUUCUGUGUGACAACUACUGCGAAUGGAUUGAUCAGAAGACGGAAACAAUCUUCAACGACAACGGCGUUGUCUUCCAAUUUCUGGAACCGCACUCGGCGCCGUUUGUAUUGCCAAAUGAAGUCUGUUUGUAUACGGACAGAGGAAAUUAUAUUGGACGGAGUUAUAAGCCCCGGCUCUUCGAAGACAAACCAAAGGAGAAGCGGAAGAGGACGUAUGUGAAGAGUGAAGACAUCUUUGAACGUGUUGAGAGAUAUGAAGGAGGGCGAGAUCAGCUAGAGAAGAUCAUGUGUGGGUGGAGAAAGCAGUUGAAAGGGUUAGAUGAGAAAUAUGUGAAGAGAGAAAGUACGGAGAAGGAUAAGGAGGAGAGGGGGAAGAUCAUAUUUGAGACUGCACUGAACGCUUUGAGUGAAAUCCAUCGACGAACGUCAUUGGCAGACAUCGUUUUAGCCUUCAAACACUGUGGCUAUGUCGGUGUUCCUGUAGGGAAGAAUGUGCGAACGUAUGUUGAUAUCAGAGAGGCCAUCCAUUUCCUUGAAAAUUCAAAUACACAGCCGGGCGAGGAAGUUUGGAAUGUGAUGAAGGUUCCAAGUAGACAGACGGGGAGUGUAAAAGCAAAGCAACCGACUUCGACAACACUUGAGAGGUUAGAGGAGAUCUUCAUGCAGAAAAAGUAG